AUGUCACAUCCAACGUCUUGCGUCGAACGCGGAAGAAGCGACGUAGGCGCGCCAGGCAGGGCUGGAGGGAAAUGGGAAACGAGCCUCUCCACGUCAAGUAAGGUGUACUUAAUAACGACGUUAUAGCCGCUGCUGCCUCCACCAUCUUCCCCGCUGGGCCACACCGUCGCUUUCAAGCCUCCGCGCCGCCCCUAUGAGCUCGGAGCCGAGGAGGACACGCUGGGAACCCGUUGAAGACUGCCCCACCGCUUCAGCUUAUCGAUGGGGGAAUCAGGCUCGCGUCGCUCCACGCUUGUUUCCCGGCUACCAAUCUUCCGUCGGAGCAACAGCAAGCGGCAGGAGUCUUUGCCCUCGUCGCCGUCGUCGGGCGGCAACUGUGUUCACACGUCUUCGCCCUCCAGCACCAACUCCAGCUCCGGGAGCACCGGCAAACGUCGGAGCCUCUUCCGCGCGCCCUCACUCAGCUUCUCGGCCAAACGAAACAGCCACCCGCGUGUGCAGCCAGUCAAUUUAAACCUCACGCCGCCGCCGCCGGCGCAGACCACCGACGCCAACGGGAACAACCAGGCGACGUCGGCGGGUUCAAACGAGCAGCCGAAGUCGCGCCACUCCUUCGGCUUUGGAAGCAGCAAGCAUAAGAAAAUCACACGUUCUCAGACUGAAGAUUUUGACAAAGCGCCAUCCUCCUCUUCCUCUACGACCAAUCGUAAUGUGUUCAUCAACUGCCUCAGCGGAUCCGGUGCCAACGAGGGCGACGAUUCGGGGUUUAUCGAAGACUACAGCGGCGGGAGCAGGCGCUCCUCACGUCCCAAGAAGCAGCUGCUGCCCAAAUCUCUCUCGUCUCACCACCGCUUCUCUCGGACCAACUCCGAUCACCAUAAGCUGCCGGAGGACAACCUGGAAGGCCCAAGCCCCAACACCACCACAACCGUAAAGGCAGGGGGCCUCACCCCGGGGUCGUGGCCGGGUGACGUCGCCCUGGAGAGCUCCCUCCAGUCGCCCAUGGUAUCAGAAGACCGGACCACGGCCAUCACCCCUUCCGAGUUCGUCCCCAUCACAGAGGACUCUGGCUCUGAGGUUGAAGCCCUGCCGGCUCCGAGCCCCCGACCCACCUUCGUGUCCGGACCGGCCACUGCUCCAUCCGAGGGUCCACCUGCCCCGCAGACCUUCAGCGGGACUGUCUCUUCCUCACAGGUUUUCUUCACACCAGCCGAAUCCAGCGUAGAAAAACCCUUACUCCCCGACACGAGCACAGCCAACAACACCGACUACGAGACGGCCAUCUCCCUCUCGGAACCGGAAACCGCCGUCCCUUGCGUGCCGCCGCAGGAACAAUUGCCGGACGAGAGGAAGGAGAGAGCGGAAGAACGAGAGCAAGCCCGGAAUGAGACCUCGACGGCAGCGGCGACAGGAAAGAAGCCUACGGGGGACAAUAAGGCAGGAUGUCGUGUCGAGACCACCAGCGAGAGUGAAGCAGGAGCGUUGUCGCGGAGCGAGGCUUGCCACUCCUACCUGGAGCAGGCGGAGAGGAGGACGAGAAACACGCUGUUGGUUCAGGAGAGGGGAAGUUUUUGUGGCUGCCAUGAACCCAGGUCGUGUCACCUGAGGAAGCCGCACACAGCCUCCCUGUGCAGCGGUGUUAGCCCCUACCACGAGGUGAUGCGCUUGGAGAGACGACUCCGCUCCUCCUCCGAAGGGGCCGGCGGUCCUCGUGUCCACGGGAACCACAGGGACGGCCCGGGCGUGGAGGGGUGCAGUUUGCUGAAACACAGGAACAACUCGUCGUCGUCCAAACUAGGAAGUCUGGAGGUCCUAAACAAUUUGGGCUCCUCUGAACUGGAUGAAGAUGAUCUCAUGUUGGAUCUGGACCUGUCUGACGAUCAGCGCCAUCGUCACGUUUCUAGAGAAGACUCCAGUCAGUCCUUGGCUUCCUGUCUCAACCUGCUCCCAUCACCUAUCGACCCGUCAGGAGAUCGCAUCCUCGGAAAAGACUACGGUCACAGGGAGCCCCGACGUCCGACCAGCUUGCUGCCCGCCGACAGCAGUACCUCAGCUAUGCUCUCGGGGAAGGAUGAUGAGCACCUCCCUUCAGGGGUGGAGACCCUGCCGCUGCGACUGAUGCAGCAGGACUGCACUGCCGUCAAAACUCUUCUUUUAAGACUGAGGCACACCCUGCAGGAGAGUACAGAAACAAGUCCUGCCAGCAGUCUUCAGUCUCUACCCAUAAGCCCUUGCAGUGAGAAAUCCCUCCCAUUUAAGGAUUGGAGCAGAGAAGAGGCGUUGCUGCAGCAGCUGAAGGACAAAGACGAGCUGAUUCUCAGACUUCAAAGUGAACUGGAGAGUGCCAAAGCGGCCCUGAAGAUGAAAGACGGCCAUGCGACCGACCGCGCUACACAGACGGAACACAUGGGACCGGAGACCAACAACCAUGCAGGCCGGUGGUCCGGACCAGGCAGCAGCAGCAGCAGCCUGGCACAAAAGGAGCGAAGGGUGGCACGGGCCGGGGCGCCGCUGGCGCCACCCCAGCCACCCGCAGGGGACCUCACUAGCGCACACCCCCCUCGCUACGCGCACAGUGAGCCUCCCGCCUCUGCCAGGGACGAGACGCCCCCGGCCCUUCCACGGGUAAAUCCAUGGCCCGCAGUUCCAUCCUUCACCUCCAGGGUGUCCUCCUCGUCCGAGUCCCUCACCCCAGGAGGCGGCGCGGGGGCGCGCAGGGGCGAGCAUCACCCGCCCAGCCACAUCCCCCGUGCGUUCGGCAGCCGGUCCUCCUCCUCCUCCUCCUCCUCCGCCUCCUCCUCGUCAUCCUCCUCCCCGUUCACGGGGCGUUUAGGGCAGCCGCCCCGAGGCCCGCUGUCCCUGCACAGCUACUCCCGCAAAAACGUCUUCCUCCAGCACUCCCUGCACACCGCCGAGCUGCAGGCGCUCACCCAGAGAGACACUUGAGGCCAGGCCCUCGUCGUCACAACACUCACCAGCCGCCACGCUGCUCUUUUUCGGCGCCCUCGUAUCUUUUGACAUUUCCCUCGCAUGCAAACGGCGAGCGUAUGAAGAACGCACUCAUCCGCCAUUUUAGACCGUCCUCACGCCCACAGGGGUGCACACAACAAAUACUCUCAUUGCCGGGUGUUUUGAAUUGAUUUGUUUCUCUGACCGUUUGCUGCUGGGAGCCACUGACUGCUGAUUGUGUGCUCUGCAGGAAGAUUGUCACGUUGCCAAAACUCCUCAUUCAUCCUCGCUCCCCCUCCUCCAUCCUGACCGCCCUCCAUCCUGUAUGCUUAAAAAGACACUUUAAAGGACACAGGUGAGCGCUGAAUAUCUGGGCCAUUCCACCGAAUACUUUUUUUAAUCAUUCUCCAAAUAAAAUAAAUACACACUGCAAAAAGUCAGUGUUCAAAAACAAGAAACAAAAAUACAAAAAUUAGGGGUACCGUAUUUUUCGGAGUAUAAGUCGCAUUUUUGGGGGAAAUUUAUUUGAUAAAACCCAACACCAAGAAUAGACAUUUGAAAGGCAAUUUAAAAUAAAUAAAGAAUAGUGAACAACAGGCUGAAUAAGUGUACGUUAUAUGAGGCAUAAAUAACCAACUGAGAACGUGCCUGGUAUGUUAACGUAACAUAUUAUGGUAAGAGUCAUUCAAAUACCUAUAACAUAUAGAACAUGCUAUACGUUUACCAAACAAUCUGUCACUCCUAAUCGCUAAAUAAUGAAAUCGUAUACGUCUAGUCCAGUGGUUCUUAACCUUGUUGGAGGUACCGAACCCCACCAGUUCCAUAUGCGCAUUCACCAAACCCUUCUUUAGUGAAAAAUAAAAUGUUGUUUUUUUUUCAAAUUCAAGACAAAGAUAUAUGUUUUUGGUAACACUUUAGUAUGGGGAAUAUAUUCUAAGUAACAAAGACUUAAUUUAGAGUUAUUUGGUUAGGCCAGGGGUCGGCAACCUUUACCACUCAAAGAGCCAUUUUGGCAAGUUUCACAAAUUAAAGAAAGUAAUGGGAGCCACAAAAAAAAUUUUAAAAUGAAAAACACCGCAUACAAAGCUUAAAUGCUUUGUGCUAUGUUAACCAGGGGUCUCCGACACACGCACCGGCACGCACUUUAAUGUGGAAAUUUGAUGUUAGUGCAGCCCGCGAGUUUUGAAUGAAUGGCGCUUGAUAGCGUCAUACUUGCCAACCCUCUCAUUUUUCCCGGGAGACUCCCGAAUAUCAGGGCGUGAUGACACUGCAUUUGGCGCCCUCUACAGUCUGCCCUAACAGUGUACCUGCUCAACCACACAUAGAUUGCAAUUUCAGCUUGCUCACGUAAGUGACAGCAAGGCGUACUAACUC